AUGACUAACAAGAAAGUUAUUAACGACAAUUCCAUGGCCACAACAAACACCACCACCGUUAAAAAUACACUUGAAGAUAAACAGAAAACAAAUGAAAAACGCGCAAAACGUAAUAGUUUUAAACGUAUUAAAAAAGAAGGCGAAAUUUUUGUAAAAAAUUUAUUUGGCAAUAACAAGAAACAAGAUUUUGUGCCUCCAAGCCCUCGAACAAAAUACAAAACACGUGGUAAUGAUGAUCAACAAAGAGUAAAUACUUAUCCAGUAUCAGAUGAUGAUAAUUCAAAAACAAAAACAAAAGCUCGUAAUAGACUUAGUAUAAAUUUGGCUGACCUUAUUAAAUCAGAUGAUGAUAAAAAAGAAAUGGAAAAAAGACGUAGAACUUUUCAUUUCACCGAUAGUCAUAAAGAUAUAGAUUUUGCCGUUGACAACAUUAAUGAUAAUUCUUCAUUAGAUCCAAAAAAUGCUCCUACUAUAAAAACAAAUCUUAACCCGAUAUUAUCCACCACUCAAUAUGAUUCUCCAAUUGUUGAAAACCUUCAUAUCAGUAGUGCAUUUUCACCUACCACCAACAUGAGUAACAAAGAUGAAAAGACAAUUAUUCAAAAUGACAAUUUAAUUACACCAGUACAAAAUCUUGUUAUUAAAGAAGAUGAAAAAGAAGAAGUCAACAAACAAAAAAUCAAUGGAACAAGAGAAAUACCUAUAAUUACUGCCAUUAUUAACAAUAUUCUACCAGAAAUUUCACCAGUAAAUUCAUUCCAAAAUAUCUCAUCAAAUAAAAUUGUUAAAACAUCAUCUUCAAUUAAUAAUAAUGUUGAUGAUAGUCAAACUCUUAAUAUUAUCUAUUCAACGCAUAAUAAUGAAGAUAAUGAAAUAGUUAAAAAUGAUCGCAAACAAAAUGAUGAAAAAUUAAUGAUUGUCAUGACAGGCGAAGCAAGUAAUAAUAAUAAAAUGGCAUCAAAUACCAAAAAAAUUGAUAUAAAAAAUGAAAAUAAGAUCGAAGAAAAUUCUAGAAUCAAUACAUUGGAGGCUAUUGUAUUAAGACAACUUGAUCUUGCUGAAAAAAUGCAAGAAACAAUGACAAGAUUAGAAUCAAAAGUUAAUGAACAAAAAGAUUCCUUGGUUUCUAGUCAGAUGGAAGAUACAAUUCGUAAAUUAGAAAAUAAAAUUAAUGAACAAGAUGUCGAAUUAGAUGGUUUGAAAAUGAUUGUCGGAAAGUUGCAAGAGAAUCAACAAAUGAUGAUAGCCAACGAAGCUUACAACAAUCAAGAUUUACAGACGAUUCAUCGAGAAUUAGCACUUUUUUCUCAGACUUCUUCAACUUCAACUUUUUCUCUGACAACACAGAAUCUUCACCAACAACAACAACAAGUUUAUACAAAGAACACCCUUGUCGAUACAUUGGUGGUUAGACCAUUAUGCAACACCAUUACAGUCUCUGCAAGUAUUGCCACUUCAGUAAUAUAUGCCGUGUAUGUAAGACCAGCUGUAGGUUUAUUUAAAAUCCUUACACGCUGA